AUGGAUCUGAAUUCUACAGUCUCCUCCAGCUGGUCACCUCCUCCUAUCUCAGAACUAAAUUUCAGCGACUGCACAGCGGCAAGUACAUUUUAUGCAGAUUAUCUGAUCUCCUACACCGAUGAGAUGUUUGAUGUUGGCUACUCUGCUACAUUCAAUUUCCUCCGUUCACUAGUCCCAUUGAACUGGACACAAGUCGAACUCACAGAUGGUGACCUCCUGCUGUGGCACCAGUCUUGGGACGAAAGCACCCGCGAUGACAUUUUAAACACAGCCGCCGAUACGGCCGUCCAUGGAUGUAAGCGGGAGAUGUGUGGAUUCCUUCCGCUCGAGGGUGACCCAGACCUAGCUGGAAUAGGCAUGAUGGCCUCUUACUACUUGAUAGCUCUUUUGACCACAUUCUACACCAUUGUGAUCAGUCUGAACUCUAUCAUAACCUUGGAGACAUACAAGCAUUGGAAAAGGUUCCACGGCUGGUUUGAGCAGACGCUGAACACCUUUCUCGAUGCGUCGCUGUUAUCCUCUGCAUCCAUGCUAUUGGCCUCCAUCUACCGUUUCUCGUCGGCUGUUCGAGACCCCGAAAAUGGAGAUAAUGCUUUCUUUUAUUCUCUGGUCAACGCGGUGACAGUAUCAAUGUUCUCGAUAUUCCCCCCACUAACACUGCAACUCACGGCGCGAAGACUCCGACGUCGGGGCAUACGGUCGAUAUUAUGGUUCCUCGUCAUUGCAUUCGUCAUCACAAUGACUGUUCUAUACUACAGGUGGCGCGGGCCCGGUGGUAUCUCCGGGUUCUUCGAAAAUGACACGUAUCUAAGUACUCAGGCUACUCGUCAUGUGCAACAAAUUAUGUGGCUGCUCUUUUGCGAUUUGACGAGUCAUCGACUGGUCAAGGCUCUAGACUAUUCCAUCAUUACGGCACAGGUUCUACUUAGCCUCAACCUGCCAGGUUGGAUCUAUCUUGUGUAUACUAUCGGGAAAGUCAAGAAGGAGGCCUGUGAUACUCCUCAAGGACAUAACAACGACAAUUUGCAUCACCACGCGCCUAAAGGAUGGGAGAGGUACGGAAAGAAGGCACGAGCGCUGAACAUUGUUCUAUGCUGUGCGAUGAUGUGGCUGCUUUUGGGUACAUUCACUGCAAUCGCUGUGCGUCUUGCUGAUGCCAUGGGUCCAUGGGCGAAGGACCGGCGGUGGAGCAUCGGCCAGGUUCUGGCCCUGGCUACAUUUGUACCGUUGAUUAUUGACAUAAUAGCCAUCGCGCUUGAGGAGCCGAGAGCCGCACUAGAAGGAAAGCUUCCGAAGAGGUUCAGGCUUGUUGAAGCGCGAGAAGCAGCGGAAGCGACGGACAUGAAGACUUCGAGGCGCUUCGCCUUCACUAAAAGCCUCGGACGGGCAGAAUAUGAGAUGGUUGAUGUCUCCUGA